UUUAUUUUCAAGACCAAAAUGGUGAAAAGUGAGAAUCGUCAAGCCUUUCGUUGAAUGUUGAAACAUUACAUUCACGGCACAUAAUUAAUGAAGAAACCGUAGAGGCGCCCCCCUCGCUCCUUCCGCAGAGAGGGCGCCGAGAGCAUGGCCCGCGCGGCGCCGUCGUGGCGAGAGGUGAGCGUGCCCGUCGGCUGGGGCGCCCUCCGGGGAAAGACCUGCCUGCUGGGGGAGGCGAAGGGCGGCGCCCCCCUGCGGGUGCUGGCGCUCCACGGCUGGCUCGACAACGCCAACUCCUUCGACGCCCUGGUGCCCCUGCUGCCCGCCGGGCUGGAGGUGCUGGCGCUGGACCUGGCGGGCCACGGCCUCUCGGACCACUUGCCGCCCGGGGCCCGCUACGACGCCAUGACGCAGCUGGUGCACCUUCGCGAGGCAAUGAGGCGGCUCGGCUGGACCGACUUCGUGAUCCUGGCGCACAGCUGGGGCGCCCUCGUCGCCAACUACUACGCGGCCCUGUACCCGCAGGACGUGCGGGCGCUGGUCGUCCUGGACUACCUGAGGCCCUUCCACAAGGAGGAGCGGCUGGCGACGUGGCGGGCGGAGAACCGGCUCAUGCAGCGCGAGGAGCGAGGCCAGGGCAGGGCGCGGCGCGUGUACUCGGAGGCUGAGGCCCUGUCGCGCUUGGUGGCGGCGCGGAAGGGCGGCGACAGCAAGCAGCUUCCGAACGUGGACGAGGCCGCGGCGAGGAUCCUCCUGCCCCGCGCGGCGCGGCGCGUGGACGGCGGCCUCGCGUGGAGGCACGACGAGAAGGCGCGGACGCGGUACACCAUGCUCUACGGCAGCGACAACUGGAUGUACGUGAUCUCGCACAUCACGUGCCCCGUGAUGGUGGUACGCGCCGACGACGGCAUCUGCCAGCAGCCCGACGACCUGUACGCGCCGGUGCUGGCGGCCUACCGGCGGUCCGCCCGCGUCUUCCGUUACCACAGGGUCGCCGGCGCCCACCACGUGCACCUGACGCACCCCGAGCGCCUGGCGCUGAGCGUGACGCACUUCCUGACGCAGGACGUGGCGGCGACAAAGGACAAGUCCGCGUCCAAGCUGUAGAAGCCACCGCAGGAACAGGCUCUUGGUUGUAAUUGCUAAGUGAUUUUAUAUCUUUUGUUUGCAAGAUCACCGCGGAGGCAGUCGCUGGUAGCGACGUAAUGUAAGCGCUACACAAAUGUCAAAAAGAGCUCAUUUAUCAAUUUGUGUGAAGUGUAAGACAUCUAAAUUCUGCGACUUUCUCCCGAUAUAUCUGUAUGCUUGUGCCCAAAACAUAAUAAGGUAAGAAAAAUGGCAAAUUUUUGUGUGCAAUCUACUUUAACCGUGGGAUAAGUCAUUAUAGUUACACAUGCAUAUCCUUCCAUCCGAGUUCAUCUUACUAGUCAUUUCUUUUCUUCGAAUUAUUAGUUACAAGUCAUAUGAUUGUAGUUAAAACAGCUCCAACAUUAUCUUUCCAGUGGUAAUAUAUAAAUCUUCCAUCUAGGCAAGUUCACCUUCUUGUAGAACAGUAAUGACUAAUAUUUCUCGUGUUCUGAUAACUUUGAGAGAGUGAUGUCUAGUUUUUAAAAGCGUUGGAAUCUUUUUUUUUCUGUUUCGAGGGUCCUUUAAUUACAUUGAAUGUAUGUAUUGACCUUUUGUUAAGUUUUGUAGAAAUAUAAUACGGACAGGUUUGAUUUUUAGUGGAUCAUCAGUUUCGGACACACACACACACAUACACACACACACACACACACACACACACACACACACACACACACACUAC